ACUUCACCAUUCCUAGUUUGCUCACCCUUUACGUUCCCCUAUGUUCUUUCCCUUCGUGAUUCUCCACGUUCUGUCUGCCCCUUCACCCUACUGCUGGCCCACAUUCCGUUAUUACUCCGUCGUCUCACUGUCCUUGACCCGCACCUUUCCUGCCUCAGUCAUCCCCCUACCUGUCAGCCUUGUCCCUUUCUUCCCCGGAGACCUUAGUCCCUAAUAUUCCCUUAAUCCUCUCUCUCAUUUCUAAAAUUCCCUCUCCUCCCACGGGGUCCUCGUCUCCUCAGACUCCGGGGACUCUCUCCCGCCCGGGGCGGCCACCUCCCUUUCCCAGGGUCUAGAGGCCGCGCGGGACACGCAGCGAGCGCACGCAGCGAGCGCAGCGCGUCGGGGCCGCAGUCGGAGGGGCGCCGCGGGGUCCUCCCGCUCCUCGGCGGCCCCUGGGCGCGGUGCAGUCUGGGGGAACAUGGCCGCUUCCGGUCUCCCUCCCGGGCCGGCGCUGGCCUGACCGCGGCCCCUGCCCGGCGCACUCCGCCCUCCGCUCCUCCCGCCCCGCCGCCGCGGAGGUCGCUUCAGCCUUUCCCUCCCGCUGCCCCCGCCGCGCCAUGGAGAAGAGCUCGAGCUGCGAGAGUCUUGGCUCCCAGCCGCCCGCGGCGCGGCCGCCCAGCGUGGACUCCCUGUCCAGUGCUUCCACUUCUCAUUCAGAGAAUUCAGUGCAUACGAAAUCAGCUUCUGUUGUAUCAUCGGAUUCCAUUUCAACUUCUGCAGAAAACUUUUCUCCUGAUUUAAGGGUCCUGAGGGAAUCUAACAAAUUAGCAGAAAUGGAAGAACCACCCUUGCUUCCAGGAGAAAAUAUAAAAGACAUGGCCAAAGAUGUGACUUAUAUAUGUCCGUUCACUGGUGCUGUACGAGGGACUCUGACUGUCACGAAUUACAGGUUAUAUUUUAAAAGCAUGGAACGGGAUCCCCCAUUUGUUUUAGAUGCCUCUCUUGGUGUAAUAAGUAGAGUAGAAAAAAUUGGUGGUGCUUCUAGUCGAGGUGAAAAUUCUUAUGGACUAGAGACUGUGUGUAAGGAUAUUCGGAACUUACGGUUUGCUCAUAAACCUGAAGGGCGGACAAGAAGAUCCAUAUUUGAGAAUCUAAUGAAAUAUGCAUUUCCUGUCUCUAAUAACCUGCCUCUUUUUGCUUUUGAAUACAAAGAAGUAUUCCCUGAAAAUGGGUGGAAGCUAUAUGACUCUCUUUUAGAGUACAGAAGACAGGGAAUUCCGAAUGAAAGCUGGAGAAUAACAAAGAUAAAUGAGCGGUAUGAGCUUUGUGAUACUUAUCCUGCCCUAUUGGUUGUGCCAGCAAAUAUUCCUGAUGAAGAAUUAAAGAGGGUGGCAUCCUUCAGAUCAAGGGGCCGUAUCCCAGUUUUAUCAUGGAUUCAUCCUGAGAGUCAAGCCACAAUCACUCGGUGUAGCCAGCCUAUGGUAGGAGUGAGUGGAAAGCGAAGCAAAGAAGAUGAAAAAUACCUUCAAGCUAUCAUGGACUCCAAUGCUCAGUCUCAUAAAAUCUUUAUAUUUGAUGCACGGCCAAGUGUCAAUGCUGUUGCCAAUAAGGCAAAGGGUGGAGGUUAUGAAAGUGAAGAUGCCUAUCAAAAUGCAGAACUCAUUUUUCUUGAUAUCCAUAAUAUUCACGUUAUGAGAGAAUCAUUACGAAAACUUAAGGAGAUUGUGUACCCUAACAUUGAGGAGACUCACUGGUUGUCUAACUUGGAAUCUACUCACUGGCUCGAACAUAUUAAGCUCAUUCUUGCUGGGGCUCUUAGGAUCGCUGACAAAGUAGAGUCAGGAAAGACGUCUGUGGUGGUGCACUGCAGCGAUGGCUGGGACCGCACAGCUCAGCUCACCUCCCUUGCCAUGCUCAUGUUGGACGGCUACUAUCGAAGCAUCCGAGGGUUUGAAGUCCUUGUGGAAAAAGAAUGGCUAAGCUUUGGACAUCGAUUUCAGCUUAGACUUGGCCAUGGAGAUAAGAACCACGCAGAUGCAGACCGAUCGCCUGUUUUUCUUCAGUUUAUUGACUGUGUCUGGCAAAUGACAAGACAGUUUCCUACAGCAUUUGAAUUCAAUGAAUAUUUUCUCAUCACCAUUUUGGACCAUCUAUAUAGCUGUUUAUUUGGAACAUUCCUCUGUAACAGUGAACAGCAGAGAGGAAAAGAGAAUCUUCCUAAAAGGACUGUGUCACUGUGGUCUUACGUAAAUAGCCAGCUGGAAGACUUCACUAAUCCUCUUUACGGGAGCUAUUCCAAUCAUGUCCUUUAUCCAGUAGCCAGCAUGCGCCACCUAGAGCUCUGGGUGGGAUACUACGUCAGGUGGAAUCCACGGAUGAAGCCACAGGAGCCCAUUCACAACAGAUAUAAAGAACUUCUUGCUAAACGAGCGGAGCUCCAGAAGAAAGUAGAGGAACUACAGAGAGAGAUUUCCAACCGAUCAACCUCAUCCUCGGAGAGAGCCAGUUCUCCUGCACAGUCUUGGUUUGGCAAUGUCUUUCUUAUUUGUGGUCCCUGUGAUUCCAGAAGAACGACUGCUGCUGUUUCCUUCGUCAUCAAGAGUCUUUCUGGGGUUUCUCAAGUCCCUCUUCUGCUUUUCGAUCUUGUGUUUCUCCAGCUACAGCAAAUAACCAAGGCAGGGAAAAAGGAGGAUUCAAUGAAAACGUCCUCUUCUGACAACUGGUAUUUUUAAUACUCAUUACAAACAAAAAUGCAAAUAAUACAUUCUGAGUGUCUUUUUUUUUAAAUAAAAUCUUCAAAAC